UAAGAAAAUUAGAUUCAACAAUUUUAAAAUUAUUAGUAGAUUAUAUUUAUACUGGAGAAAUUAUGGUAACAAAAGAAAAUGUACAGGAUGUUAUUACCAGCAGCAAAGGUCUUGCAGUUAGACUAUGUAAAUGGUGCAUGUAUUGAGUUUUUACAAAAACAACUAGAUCCUUCAAAUUGUUUUAGAAUCAAAGAGGUUGCUAACUUACAUGACUACACGGAAUUGUUGUCGUCUUCAGAAGCAUUUAUUAAACAACACUUUUUAGAAGUGGUUAAAGGCAAAGAUUUUCUAUCCUUAUCUUCUGAUGAUUUAGUGAAGCUUAUUUCCUGUAAUGACCUUGCUGUUUCAUUCGAAGAAAAAGUAAAGAUUAUGUAUUUGAUGCAUUACAAUUCAAUCUACAAAAAUCAGUUCAGUAUGUCACCAUUCCAAAUACAAUUAGGUGUAAACCUAGACAGUUUGGCGAUUCACAAAAAGUUAUUCUAAUGUUCAGUCAGUCUAAUACAUCGCCAUUGUGUAGUACAGAAUUGUAUUACCCAGCAACCAAACUAUGAAAAGAUGGACCAUGGAUAUAUGGUUGUUGUCAGACAGCUGGUCUAGGUGUAAUAAGGGAUCAGUUUGUGUUUGUUGCGAAAAUAAAUCAAGUUCAAAAUCUGUAUGUGUGCUUGAUGUAUCUUCUCGAUCACUCUCUUGGUUGCCUAUCGUCGACAUGUUAGUUAGUCAAACUCGAUUAGGAGUUGGUGUAUUGGAUGAUUGUAUAUAUGCAGUUGGUGGCAAGGAUGGUACUCAUAAUUUAAAGACUUCCGAGGUUUUUGAUGUCAGUAUUAAAAAUGGCGAAAGGUGUCUAGUAUGACAACUGAGAGAUAUAAUUUGAGUGUUGGCAUACUCAAUAAUCGUUUAUAUGCGGUGGGCAGUGGUAAUAGAGUAGCUUUGAAAACUGUGGAAUAUUAUGAUCCUAAACUUGACACAUGGAAACCAAUUGCAAACAUGUCUGUAUGUCGUGAAGGUGUUAGUGUUGGAGUCUUGGAUGGUCUGUUGUAUGCUAUUGGUGGCUAUAAUGGAGAGUAUCUUAAAAGUGUUGAGGUUUAUAGACCAAGUGAUGGAGUUUGGUCUUC